CUGAGUUGAACAUUAUACAUUCAAUGGCUGAAUCGUUAGCUCAAGCUGGAUUAUAUAUUGACGAUUUUUAUAAACUUCGAAUAGUUGAUCCUAGAGUCUCACAAGAAACAAGCGAACUUAAGGAAGAAUGUGAAAAGUAUCUUUCAAAAAUGAACGACUUUAAGGUGAUUAUUGGAGAACUUUUCAACCUGAUCAGCUCUGUAGCUGAAAAAGUUGAAUCACAAAAGCUAAAAGCGAUUGGUUCAAGAAACCUACUUACCUCUAUGGAAAAGCAAAGAGACUUACAACAAAAACACUUGGAAUCCCAGAUAUUGGCCAAAAAGAAAGAUAUAGAUAGAUUGAAUAUUCAAUUACAAUCAUUACAAAAAGAAGAAGCUGAACAAACAGAGUUUAUUGAACGUUUUCUUAUGGGUCGUUAA